CCCUCGCCCCUCCCCAUGGCGGCGCGUGCUCGCGCUCGCGCUCCACUCGCGGGGCACCCGGGUUCCGGGCGGGAAACCGGUGGCGGGGCCAUUUUGGGAAGCAGAGAAGCCACGAGUCGCUCGGCGAGCGAACCCGAAGCCACAGAGCCAGGAAGGGGGGCCGGCUCCGCGGGCCAGGGCGUGACCCAGGGAAUGCGCGCCGGCUCGUCUAGUAGCUCCUCUCCUUCAUUAUCCCAGAAUGGACACUUUGAGGAUUCCAUGGCAGCUGAGUCUCUGCGCUACCUCAAAUGUGAUACGGAAGACCCUGCUGAGGCCCAGGAGGAGAGCCCAGGGGAUGAGGUGUUUGACACGGUCACCUCCUCCAUUGUUUCCAGUGAGAGCAUCCGCUUCUUUGUCAACGUCAACCUCCAGGUGCAGCCCACCAAGCUGGAUGGCGAGGCUGCGACGAGUGGCUGUGUGCUCCUCCACACCUCCCGCAAGUACCUGAAAUUAAAGAACUUCGAGGAAGAGAUCCGUGCCCACCGCGACCUGGACGGCUUCCUGGCGCAGGCCAGCAUCGUCCUGAACGAGACGGCCACGUCGCUGGAUGACGUGCUGCGCACCAUGCUGGGCCGCUUCGCGCAAGACCCUGAAAACAUGGAGCCCGACUGCGACUUGGACCUGCUCAUGGCCAAGCUCUUCACAGAUGCUGGGACCCCCAUGGAGAGCAAAGUCCACCUGCUGUCAGACAUCAUCCAGGGUGUCACGGCCACAGUCACGGGGGUGCAGUACCAGCAGUCGUGGCUCUGCGUCAUCUGCACCAUGAAGGCCCUGCAGAAGCGACACGUGUGUAUCAGCCGCUUGGUCCGCCCGCAGAACUGGGGGGAGAACUCCUGUGAAGUUCGCUUCGUCAUCCUCGUGCUGGCCCCACCUAAGAUGAAAAGUACCAAGACGGCCAUGGAGGUGGCACGCACGUUUGCCACCAUGUUCUCCGACAUUACCUUCCGCCAGAAGCUCCUGCGGACCCGCACGGAGGAGGAGUUCAAGGAGGCUUUGGUGCACCAGCGGCAGCUGCUCACUGUGCUGACACCCAAGACACAGGGACACAGCCUGGUCUCCCUGCACGUCCACAAACACAAGCCCCUGAAGUGCAAGGACUUCUUCCCUUUCGGGAAGGGCAUCUGGGAGGACAUCGAGCGCCGCUUCCCCGUGUACGCGUUGGACUUCACCGACGGCAUCAUUGGGAAAAACAAGGCUGUGGGCAAAUACAUCACCACCACCUUAUUCCUCUACUUCGCUUGUCUUCUCCCUACCAUCGCCUUCGGGUCGCUCAACGACGAGAAUACCAACGGGGCCAUCGAUGUGCAGAAGACCAUAGCCGGCCAGAGCAUCGGGGGCCUCCUCUACGCGCUCUUCUCAGGCCAGCCACUGGUGAUACUGCUGACAACUGCGCCCCUGGCCAUCUACACCCAGGUGAUCCGGGUCAUCUGCGACGAUUACAACCUGGACUUCAACUCCUUCUACGCGUGGACGGGUCUGUGGAACAGCUUCUUCCUCGCGCUCUACGCCUUCUUCAACCUCAGCCUCGUCAUGAGUCUGUUUAAGAGGUCUACGGAGGAGAUCAUCGCCCUGUUCAUUUCCAGCACUUUUGUGCUGGAUGCGGUCAAGGGCACGGUCAAAAUUUUCUGGAAAUACUACUACGGGCACUCCCACUACACGAAACGGGCUCUGUCGCUGCCCAGCCUGGUGGACACUGGCCACAACAGCAGCUUCCACACCGCCCUCAAUGGCAGCCUCCUGACUGGGCCGCCGGAGCUGGCCACGGCAGGCAGCUCCAAUGCCAUGCACUCUGGCCAGGCCACGGCUGUGCUCAGUCUCCUCAUCAUGCUGGGCACACUGUGGCUGGGCUACACCCUCUACCAGUUCAAGAAGAGCCCCUACCUGCACCCCUACGUGCGUGAGAUUCUGUCCGACUGCGCCCUGCCCAUCGCUGUACUCACCUUCUCACUCAUUAGCUCCUAUGGCUUCAAGGAAAUCAAGAUGAGCAAGUUCCGCUACAACCCCAGUGACAACCUGUUUGAGAUGGCACAGAUCCACUCCCUGUCCCUGGGAGCCAUCGGCGGCGCCAUGGGCUUGGGCUUCCUGCUCUCGCUGCUCUUCUUCAUUGAGCAGAACCUGGUAGCUGCCUUGGUGAAUGCCCCAGAGAACAGGCUGGUCAAAGGCACUGCCUACCACUGGGACCUCCUGCUGCUCGCCAUCAUUAACAUCGGGCUGUCUCUGUUUGGGCUGCCCUGGAUCCAUGCUGCCUACCCACACUCGCCACUGCAUGUGCGGGCACUGGCCUUGGUGGAAGAACGCGUGGAGAAUGGGCACAUUUAUGAGACGAUCGUGAAUGUGAAGGAGACGCGGCUGACGGCCCUCGGCGCCAGCAUGCUGGUGGGCCUCUCGCUGCUGCUGCUGCCCUUCCCGCUGCAGUGGAUCCCCAAGCCUGUGCUCUACGGCCUCUUCCUGUACAUUGCACUCACCUCCCUGGAUGGCCACCAGCUCUUCCAGCGGGUGGCCCUGCUGCUGAAGGAGCAGACUUCGUACCCACCCACGCAUUACAUCCGGAGGGUGCCCCAGAGGAAGAUCCACUACUUCACCGGCCUGCAGGUGCUGCAGCUGCUGCUGCUCUGUGCCUUCGGCAUGAGCUCCCUGCCCUAUGUGAAGAUGGUCUUUCCGCUCAUCAUGAUCACCAUGAUUCCCAUCCGUUAUAUCCUGCUACCCCGAAUCAUUGAAGCCAAAUACCUAGACGCCAUGGAUGCUGAGCACAGGCCCUGAGGCCACCCCGUCCACCCUGGCCCUGUGGGGAAGCAGGGCACCCUCUCACAGCUGUCCCCUGGGGCCCUGGGCAGCUGGCACUGUGGGGCCCUGAGGUGCACCCGUCCUGCUCCCCACUAGCCUGCAGCUCUGGGCAGAAGUGGCCCAGGGAGAGAUGAAGCUGGAUGGAUUUUCUUUUGAUAAAAGAGUAGAUGCCUG